AGAUAUUUUGCUUUCGUCCGUUUUGAACGAGACUACCUUAUUUCCUGUAGUGUUUUGACUUUAAAUUUGCUAACAAAAAGAAGAAUUUGUUUAGUCUGAUGUACUAUCAUUGUUAUUCAAUUUAACAACAAUGUUGACAAGAAAUGCAAAGCGCCGAUGGUCCUUAUCAGCUGUCAAAAUUAUCAAGACCUAUGAGUGUGAUGUGUGCCAAAAGCACACACAGAGAAUCACGACUCUGAGCUUAGCGAGUGCUGCCAUGCGGGAUCUGGCUGGUUGUAAGGAAUGGGAACAUUUUAAGUGUAAGAGGUGCCAAAGAUCCUUUAGUCAAAAACCCAGUCUUCAUGUUCAUAGGAGGAAGCAUUCAAAAUCGAAACCCUACAUAUGCACCCAGUGUAAUAAAAGAUUUAUCACACGGUCCGGCUUAGAAUUGCAUAGAAAUGCAUCUCACCAAGUGUGCGCUAGUAAAAAGAAGAUUGAAAAACAAAAUACGGAUGACACUAGACUAAACAAUGUUGAUGAAUUUCCAGCUUCUGCGUGUUUGAAACAGUUGAUACAAAUGGCAAUAAGUCAGCAAGAUGCCAGUAGCAUUAAAAAGGAAUUGUCUGUACCAAAGAUUCCAGCACCAAAGAUUCCAGAACUAAAGGUUCCAUCUAGUCAUUCAAAAACAAAAGACUCUAAUUCACCUAAAUCCAAAAGAUCAUAUAGUCUUCUGAACGCUACCAGUAUGUUACCAAUUAAAGGCAGUCUUGUUCUGGCUAGUGCACCAGAAGAUCCACAAGUAACUACUAAAAAGCAAGGUGUAACAUUUACUGUGGCUGACCAUUCUACAUCAUCUUCAGACAUUAUUAAUUAUUUGGUUAACAUAGACAUGGAUGGCAAGUCGAAACCUGUUCUGGUCACAUCGGGAAACAUUGGUAAAGAAAGCAGCAUUAUAGGUUCGUCCGGUUUACCCUGUGAUGUGAAGUCAGGCAGCACAUCUCUUGCCUUCGACUGUGUAGACUGUUCAGAAUCAUUUGACAGCUUCAAACUGUUGACCAAUCAUAGGAAGCUGCAUGUCAGGAAAUGGCCAAUCAGGGCUGUGUGUCCAUGGCGUCACUGUGGCAAAAAGUUGACAAGUCUAAAAAGACUUGAUUCACAUAUGAAAAGGCACAAUGGAGAAACCAAUUACCUUUGUGACAGAUGUGGCAAGCACUUCACUGACUGCGUGUUUUAUCAUAGACACAAGAUAGUGUGUCUACAACGAUUUAGAACAUACGAUUGCAACAUAUGUGGAAAGGUGUUGAGUGGAUAUUCUGCAUUACAGAAUCACAUACGGACGCACAAGGGAGAAAAACCAAACCAGUGCGAGAUUUGUGGUGUGCGAUUUAACAAUAUUUCACAUCUGACGCGCCAUAAGCGCAUUCACAUCAGAAAAGGAGAAAUGUCUGCCCCUGGAGCUGAUUCUAAGACAUCAGCCAUAACAAUGCAGUCCGUAUCGGACAUGCAGAAUGACGUGUUACUCGAAGAUUACACCAAUUAUACCACACCCGUUCAAAUUGGGAAUGAAGAGGUGGUGGCAUACUGUAUGGAGGAGCAAAAGAAACGCGUGGCAUUUGAACAGCAGGCUGAAGUGUUGCGUGCAACAGCAAAUGUGUGUAAGGAAAUGCAGUAGGCAUGUUCUGUCUAACACUGAACAAAUGUGGUGUAUAAUAGUUCCUACUUGUCAUAUUAAUCAUUAGUCUACAUAUAUUUUGGUAUCAGUAAUUCUUAAGAAUUGGUGACUAGUAGGAUAUAUACUCUUCAAAAAAAGAAACGCAAAAGGGUACAAAUGGGUUAUAACUCCGAUUUUAUGUUUCCUACCGGUUCAUGCUUUGUGAAUAUAAGAUCAUUGCAU